AUGUUAGAAAAAAUAAAAGAGAUUAUCGUUGAAGAGACUAGGGCUGCUGGACUUGUAAAGAGUGAUAAUGAAUCAAGUAGAUUAAAGAUGGUUUUUUAUUCUAGAAUAAAGAAUACUCAUUCUGUUGACAAGAGUAUUAGUUAUACACUUGAUUUUAUUAUUUAUGAAAAUGAUACAUCUGAAUCUGGAGUUAAAAUUUUUAGGUGUACAUCUAUUGUUCCAUCUAUUGCUUCGGGAAAUGAUAGACUUUUUGGAAAUAAUAUUUCACUUUAUAAAGGAAUGAUUACUUCGGAGAUAUUAAGAGAAGUUACAGGAUUAGUAAAAGAAUUUAAAAGCUUAUCAUCAACAGUUAAUAAUCCAUUUGUCGAUAUCUUUCGGCAGGCGUUAUUGGGAACAAUUAUAGUAAAAUACUUGGCACCUAAAGAUUUUUUAAAUUUAGAACGUCUUAAUUCUACAAUAAGGCAUUCUUUAAAUAAUGGAAUUGCCAGAAAUUAUUGGAUUUUUGCUUUAAAACGUGAUUUUAAUGUUACAGAGAAUACUGCCGACCCAUUACAGGCAUAUAAAUUACAUUAUAGAAGAUUGCUUGCAGAUAGAGCAGCAGAAAAUAGAGCUAAUGCUUUAAUUCAGGAGGCAUUAGAUCCAUUAAGAGUACCACCAAGACGUCCCGUGAACCCAGAUCCAUUUUUUAAUGCAUUUGGUGGGCCACAAGUAGAUCCUUGGAUAGAUGUAAAUAAUCCCUUUAAUUUGAAUCCAUUCCGUAAUCCUGAUGCAGAUUUAUAUCAUCCUGGCAUCGUCCGACAACCAUUCAACAAUGGUCAACCAAGAGGUGAUCCCAGAAAUUUUGGAAGACCAUUUUUUGAUGGAAGAAGUUUUGACAGAAAUGAUAUUAUCUAA